UGCGGUUCGUGGGUUCAUUUGACGGUUUGACACAUUGUGAAGACGCCAUGGCCGAAAAAGCAGUGAUAUGUGAAGCGAUCAAAGCCCAAGGCGAAGUGGUUCGGAAGUUGAAGGCAGAGAAGGCCAGUAAAGACCAGUGCUAGGGUUGCUUACCACUUUUCUCCUGUUCUCCCUGCCGGGCUCUGGAUGAUCACCACCAACAUAACUGAACCGGCCUCCCAUUUCGUUCAUCAACACCAUCACCUGCUACAAACUUGUUUGCAUCACACCUGGGAAUACAUUGGACAUUUUUUGCAACUCCCUUCCUGGUUCUGCCACCUCUGACUUUUUUGAUGGGUUGCUGCUGGCUCCUGGACAAUACCGUUGGACAUUGUCCUUCUGGAAUAUACCGCUGAAAAAACGUUGGUUCACCAACAACCAAACUUUUUUAAUUUAACCUUUUGUCACUCUGCUGGGAUGAAUACACUGGGCUCCUUUUUCCUACACACACAUUCUGGUUUGUUCGGUCGUCGGGCUGGCACAUGUGUCCGAUAUCUGCAUUCCUUCUCUGGGAUGACUGUGGCCCAGAUUGAUGAGGAAGUAGCCAAACUGCUGCAGCUAAAGGCUCAAUUGGGGGAAGAUGAUGGAAAACACCAGUUUGUCCUCAAGACUGCAAAGGGAACAAGGGACUACAACCCCAAGCAGAUGGCUAUCCGAGAGAGGGUCUUCAACAUCAUCAUUGGCUGUUUCAAACGCCAUGGAGCUGAAACCAUCGACACACCUGUCUUUGAACUGAAGGAAACACUGACAGGAAAGUAUGGAGAAGACUCCAAGCUCAUCUAUGACCUCAAGGAUCAAGGAGGAGAACUUCUGUCCCUCAGAUAUGACCUUACUGUACCGUUUGCCCGCUACCUUGCCAUGAACAAGAUCACCAACAUCAAGCGAUACCACAUCGCCAAGGUCUAUCGCCGUGACAACCCAGCCAUGACCCGUGGUCGAUACAGGGAAUUCUACCAAUGUGAUUUCGACAUAGCAGGGCAAUAUGACCCCAUGAUUCCAGAUGCCGAGUGCCUGAAAAUCAUCCAUGAAAUCCUUAGUGAGCUGAAUCUGGGAGACUUCCGCAUCAAGGUCAAUGACAGAAGAAUUCUGGAUGGGAUGUUUGCCGUGUGUGGUGUUCCAGAUGAAAAGUUCCGUACCAUCUGUUCAACAGUGGACAAAUUGGAUAAGAUGUCCUGGGAGGAUGUGAAGAAUGAGAUGAUGAACGAGAAGGGGUUAUCGGAGGAAGCUGCUGAUCAGAUUGGGGAGUAUGUAAGCAAGCAGGGCGGAAUGGACCUAGCAGAGCACCUACUCCAGGACCCAAAGAUGUCCCAAAACAAACAAGCCUGCGCCGGCCUGACUGACAUUAAGCAGCUUUUCAGCUACUUGCAAUUAUUCAAUGUUGUAGACAAGGUAGUCUUCGAUCUUAGUCUGGCCCGUGGUUUAGACUAUUACACUGGCAUCAUUUAUGAGGCCGUGUUGCCCCAAGCAGAUGUGCCACCAGCCCCUGUUUCCAUGGAAGCUCAGAAUGGGCCAGCAGGGGCUGCAGAAGAGAGAGUGAGCGUUGGUAGUGUGGCGGGCGGGGGACGCUAUGAUGGCCUUGUGGGCAUGUUCGACCCAAAGGGCAGGAAGGUGCCCUGUGUGGGUGUCAGCAUCGGCAUAGAGAGAAUCUUUUCCAUAAUGGAGCAGAAGGCUGAGGCAUCAGCGGAGAAGGUGCGCACCACAGAGGUCCAAGUGUUGGUGGCAUCAGCACAGAAGAACCUGCUAGAAGAGAGGCUCAAACUCACCAAUGAGCUUUGGAGUUCAGGCAUCAAAGCAGAGGUGAUAUACAAGAAGAACCCCAAGCUACUGAGUCAGCUACAGUACUGUGAGGAUUCAGGAAUCCCCCUGGUUGCCAUCCUCGGAGAACAGGAGCUUAAAGACGGGGUGGUCAAACUCCGUACUGUCGCCACCAGAGAGGAGAUGGAUGUAUCAAGAACUGACCUUAUAAAGGAAAUAAGGAGGAGGACCACUGAGGCGUAGCCAUUCCUAUCUAUACUGAUGACACCCCAGCUGCAUCUCAAUUGGUUUAAAACACAGAAAAGCUUUAUAGCUCCUGGUACUGAUCCUUUGGUGGUCCUCAACCCAGCAUGCAGCAGAUCGCCUCUCCAGCAGCACAUACAAAGACAACUAUUUCUUUCAAUCCUAUCCAGGCAUUUAGGAGAUCAGGCAGCCAAUAACAAUUCUAAGUAAAUAUGACUACAGCUUUUAUGACGGUGUACAUUAAAUUAAUCAAAUAUAUCCUUGGCUGUAAAGUGUCUGAAAUGCAUGCAUUUACUUUGUUAUAGCUGUGUAAAGCAUGUGCUCAGGGGAAUACCUCUGAGACAUAAAUGAAAUCGUAAGCUCUUCAUUCUAAGAAGACUUAAAUCCUAUCUUUACCAUUUGAGCUGUCAGUGACCAGGUCUGCCUUGUGUGUUAUCCAAAUUAUUAAGAGCAAAUCUUGUAGUAGAGCAGCAUCCCAUCUGAGCUGCCAGAGACAAGGAACACCUGUAAGAUAAUGUUACAAAUGUCAGAAUCAUUAAAUAAUCUCAUCUCUGCCUGUAAGAAACAUGCAAGUUCUGUCCAGUGGCCCAAAUAAACAGAAUCAGAUGA